AUGCAUGACCAUCAUCAGGUCAUCGCAAAGUCGAAAUAUGUACGCAAACGGCACCAGCAGGAUCCGCCGUUGGACAACACCCCUGGCGAAUAUAUGCUUCUUUUCCGAGGGUCAGAUAUAGCACAGACCCAAAGCACGGGGAACGUCGAGCGCUCGAUCAUGUCUUCGCCCUCUUGCGAUGCAGAUACUCUCGCAUACGACUCUAAUUCCAACUUUAUGUUCCCUCCUCUGCCGGAGGAGAACAACACCAGUAUAUGGAACUAUUUCAUGACAAGCAUAGGGAAACGCCAGAUGACUGACACAGGCGGUGUCGUCCCCGGAUCUCGAGAUCUAAAGGAAACCAUUGGAAGUACAAGCGGCUGCCCCAAUACCCGAAAAGUUGCCUUGAUAGGUGUGGUUGCGGACUGCACAUAUACCAACACAUUUGCCUCGGAGAUGGAUGCGAGAGCCGACAUUAUUUCAGUCGUCAAUGCUGCUUCCGUUGUGUACGAGCAUUCAUUUAACAUAUCCCUUACUCUUGGAGAAAUCAACAUCUUGCCCAAGAACUGCCCGGCAACCGCAUCGUCCGCAACUCCCUUCAACCAGCAGUGUGAUGACCGUGCUGGGGGCGGCUCCUUUACUCUCGCAGACAGGCUAAAUACAUUCUCUGCCUGGCGUGGAAAGAAGACGGAUGACUUUGCGUUCUGGACUCUGAUGACGGACUGCACUACUGAGAAUCAAGUUGGGCUGGCAUGGGCUGCCCAGUUAUGCGUCAAGGGUGUUCAGGGAAACCCAGAUAGCCGAAACUCCAGCUCUCAGGCUGUAGCUGGUGCUAACGUCGUCUCCAAGACGGAUAACACCUGGCAAGUCUUUGCCCACGAAGCUGGCCACAUAUUCGGAGCAGUCCAUGACUGUGAUAGUAUGCUCUGCCAGAACCCGGCGAAUCCAGAUAACUCCAGAUGCUGUCCUGCAACUGCAUCCACGUGUGAUGCACGCGGAAGGUUCAUGAUGAACCCAACGUCUGGAAGCCAGAUCACCGACUUCUCUCCCUGUUCAAUAGGCCAGAUAUGCUCCCGAAUGGCAAGACGUACCAUCCUAACCAGCUGCCUAACCACAAACCGCGGUGUUGAUACUAUCUCAGGUCAGCAGUGCGGCAAUGGCAUUGUCGAAGAUGGUGAAGACUGUGACUGUGGUGACGAAGAGAGCUGCAAAGGCAACACUUGCUGUGAUCCCAAGACCUGCAAAUAUACUUCCGGGUCUCAGUGCGAUGACGCGAACGAAGAAUGCUGUAAAGGGUGCAAGUUUGCAUCCAGCUCGACCAUCUGCCGCACAAGCAGCGGUCCCUGUGAUCCUGAAGAAAAAUGUUCCGGAAAUUCCGGUGAUUGUCCCCAUGAUAUACAUUCCAAGGAUGGAGAGACAUGCGGCACCGAUUUGCAGUGUGCCAGUGGCCAAUGCACCAGCCGAGAUUUACAGUGCCAAAUGCAUCUAGGAAACCAAGUUGCUGGUUCUAGGACAGUGGCUUUUGAUUCGUAUGGCUGCGAGGUAGCUUGCAAAGACCCAGAUAGACCCAAUGUGCGGUACGAAGGUAGCCUCACUUUCCUCGACGGCACCCCUUGUGGAGGGGGUGGCACAUGCAAGAACGGCCAAUGUAGCGGCAGCACAUUCGGCAACGAGGUAUCUGAUUGGGUCAGCCGCCAUAAACCCAUUGUCAUCGGCGUAGCAGUCGGUGCAGGCUGUUUACUUCUCCUAGCCAUCGCUUCCUGUAUCUGUGGACGAUCUAGAAGACAGAGACCUAGAAACAGGAAGAUGCCACCAAUUAACAUGCGCCCUAUGGCUCCAGUUUACAACGGAUGGAAUGGGGCACCUCCGAAUGCUCAGCAAUCGUCGCCGGGCGGUCAUCCCCCAUAUAACAACAUUCCUCCGCCUAUCAAUGCUCCUCCACCUGCAUAUCCAGGACAUCUGCCAUCGACACGAUAUGCUUAA